GUUAGACUGAGGCUCUCUCACAGCUAUAUAUACCUCUCACAUUGAUCAUUUCCUUCACUCACUACAAACUAAGCACACUCUUCACUCUUCAAGCUCAUCUCUUCUCUCUCUCUUUUCUGUUAAUUUUCACCACCCUUUGCUUCAGAAAUGGCCGGCGUUGAGGUUGCACCAGCAGCAACAUUUCCAGACACUGAAACAAAGCCAGUCGAGGUGACCAUGAUCGAAGAACCAGUGGCUGCACCACCUGCACCGGAGACUGAGACCACCGAAGAACCAAAAGAAACAACACCACCACCACCACCAGAAGUAGAAGCAGAGGUAGAGGUAGAGCAACCAGCUGCUGCUCCCGAAGCCGAAGCCGAAGCCGAAGCAGAAGCAGAAGCUCCAGUUGCACCAGUUGAAGUUGAGACCAAGGAGGUGGCAAUAGAGGAACUUAAGGCCGAUGCCGAGGAGGUGGCAGCAGAACCAGAAGCAGAGAAGCCAGUGGAAGAAGAGGCUCAAGAGGUUAAAGCCGAAGAGCCUGCUGCUGCUGUUCCUGAGGAGACCACUGAGGCUGCUGAGGAGCCAGUGGCGGCUCCCGUAGUCGAGGAGGAAGUAGAGAAACCAGUUGAAGCAGCGAAGGAGGCACCUGAGGUUGUUGCCACAGAAGAAGUUCCGGUUGAGAAGGCUGAGGAGUAAAUGAUCGUAAACUUUGUGGUUUCUAGUCAAAGUUGGUCAGCAUUUUAGUUGCAUAUCUAUUUUGGAAUCGAAUGGCUUUAUGUUAAUGGAUUCAGAAUGAUAGGGUGGAGAGGAUGAUGCAUAUGUUAUGAAUUAUGAUGAGGUGAGAGUGAGAUGGUGUAGUGAAUUGGUAAUUGGUAUGGUGUGAUGAGUUGUGAUUUCUCUUAGUUUUGAAUAAUAUUAUUAUUGGUUUUAUGCUU